AUGAUGUCGAAUGGUACUGAAGAGAUUCCCAUUGUUUUACAUCAGUCAAUUAAUUCAUUGACAAAUUUGGAUCCGAUAACAGUCAGACGAAUCGCAAGAUUAAUUAAAUCUUCAAAAACGAUUACAACCAAGUGUAACACCAGUAAUAAUGAUAAUAAUACUCAACUAAAUAUUGUUGGAUUAAGACGGCCUAAAUGUGCACGAUGCCGUAAUCAUGGAUUAAUUGCUUGGGUAAAAGGUCAUAAACGUAACUGUGCGUAUCGUGAUUGCAAAUGUCCACAAUGUAUAUUGAUUGUUGAACGUCAACGCGUAAUGGCUGCACAAGUUGCAUUAAAGCGGAGACAAGCUGUUGAAGAUGUAAUUGUUAUGGAUUGGCAGCAUUUUAAUCAACAAUCAUCAGAAAAUAUUGAUUUACAAUUAUUAACAGACCAGAUAUUAAGUAAAUCAUCGGACAAAUCAAUAAAUCAACGUGAUAGUAAUUAUUCUCAUCAGUUAAGUGGUCAAAUCAAAGAAGACAGAAUAUGGGAUCAAAAAGGUCAGUACGAAUCCAUACCAGUAUCUAGUGGACAGACAACUACCGAUGUAGUGCAAACGUCAGAAAUUCAUCCUAAUCUAACACCAACCAACUAUUCUCCAACAAAUAUCCCAUAUAACUUUCAUCAGCCUAAUAAUAAUUAUGGUAAUGCCAUAGAAUCAACUUUAAAUGAUAUUCAUCAAGUUAUUAAUGAUAUUACAAAUGAUGACGAUAACGAGACAGAGCGUCCAACAGCUGAAAGUAGUCCAAUAACAAAACAAUUGAAUAAUAAUAAUAAUUUGUCUGCAAGUACACUAUCUAAUCCACGACUAGAUGAAUUGUCAUCAUCAACAUCAUUUCAUUGUUUGAAUAAAUCAUCAAAUUCAUUUCAAUUAUCUUUUAUGAAUAAAAAUGGUUCUAGUCAACCAAAUCAGUUACAAUUGUCACCACCACCACAACAACAAAAACAGCAAUCACAGAAAACUAAAAUGGAUCCAAUAAAUUGUUUUUAUUCAAAUGAAACAAUCCGAUCCAUUCAAGAACCGGCUAGAAUUCUAUCUAGUCUAUUUGCUCAUUUACCGAAACCUUCAGAAUUUCUACAAAAUUCUAAUCAACAUUUAUGGAUUAAUAAUCAUAUAAGUUAUCAAUCAUCAAUACAACAUUUUGAUCAGUAUGAUGGGAAGAUUGAUAAUAAUAAUAAUAAUAAUAAUAAUAAUAAUAAUAAUAAUAAUAAUAAUAAUAAUGUAGUAUGUAAUUCGUCAGUCGAAGAAAUUCGUACACGCGUUCAACAAUCUCAUAACAAUUAUCAACACAAUCAUCAUCAUUUUCCAUUACAAACAUCUGUAUUUGUUAAUACAACUGGAUCAACUACAUUUCAAUCAUUAUUACAGUUCUGA